AUGGGGCUCACUCUUUCAUCCGUAUUUGCUCGGCUUUUCGGAAAGAAAGCAAUGAGGAUAUUAAUGGGUAAGAAAUACUGAAUUCUUUGCCCCGAUCGAUCAUCGUUCGAGUUAUUAUACGUCAGUCAUAUUUACGCCGGUCUUUUGAACAGUUUUUUCCUCUUAAUUUAAGACGCGUUUCUUUGUUGUUCGAGGUUUAGCAUUUAUUUUCCUGUUUUAUACAUUGACUCUUUAUAGCCUAGCCUUUUAUGUAUAGUUUACCUUUAAAAUAACUAAGACCAUACAACAUUCAAAUAGAGUAGCGUGUCCCUUUGGGUUAUUUGUCGGUAUGAUAGAGGCCAGUAAGCUUGAUUACAAUGUCACGUUCAGUGAUUUUGUACCAGCCUGCUGUCAUUAAACAAAACAUAAAACCUAGAGAUAUUCUUAAAAUUUACAUCUCUUUAGUGAAUUUUAGUGUACCUCAUCCGUGUUAAAAAUGGAAAAGAGCCACCCUGUCAUCAAUUUUACCCUGUGUUUCACACAUGUGAUUCCUUGAUACUUAACACAAAUGGUUCACCUUUUAGCUACGGUGGAACUUCAAUUUCAUGAUGAAGGGCCAAGGGACCUUCCAAAUCUGUUCGCAUAAACAGGGUUUCAUUAUAUCCAGGUUCUUUUCCAUACAUUUUAUUAUAACUGGGGCAGAGAAUAUUGUUUGUUAGUAAAAUCCAACUAGUGGUCUAUUAUCAAUGCGGCAUUCUGAUUGGUUGAGCUACUACUAGCCUAUAUGUUAUAUCCCACCAGUAGCGAAAAGUGGCGGCUUUGAAAACCAAAACAAUGGAGGCUGAAUCUGGUUUUGCUAGCUAAAGUUGUUUUUGUCUGUUUUGUCUUCGUAAAAUCCAACUAGUUGGUCGAAAAUAAUAUUUUGGCCAACUAGUUGGAUUUUACAAAAACAAUUAUGGUAAAAUUCCGAAAAUAAGCCCCGGGGCUUAUAUUUUUCAAAGGCCUUUUUGGAGGGGCUUAUUUUUGAAGGGGCUUAUCUAGGGAGGGAAAUUUGCGUUUCAAAAUCGAUUGGGCCAUCCUUAUAGCUGGAAGUAAAUUUAGCAUUUUUGCUUUGUUUUACUUUGUAUUUGAGGGCAAUUUUCCGAUUACAAGCCCCCCGGGGGGCUUAUAUUUGGAGAGGCGAUUUAACGGAGAGUUUUUUGCAUUACCGGUUUAGGGGGCUUAUAUUUUUGGAGGGGCUUUUACAUGGAGGGGCUUAUUUUCGGAAUUUUACGGUAUUAUUCCUCUCGUCCUCAUGGCCUCUGAGUCAAUAGCCCAUUCAGGCUUGAGGAAUAAUUGUUAAUUAUAUCAAGGACUUCUUUAUUCUUUAUAUUAAGGGCUCAUUAUAUUGAGGUUCCAAGUUGUACUCGGUGAGCGCAGGCUACUUUUUUGUGGUAUCUGCUGGUAUACAAAAAGGGGUGCACUAGCUUUUAUGGCAUACACGGGGAUUUGCCACUGGACAGGGUAUGGUUUUUGUCCUCUCUGUUUUAAACAGGGUAUAUAAUGUGUGAGUCUGUACUAAUUAUAAAUCCCAUUGAUUUGAUUUGUUCAUACUACAGUUGGCCUUGAUGCAGCUGGUAAAACAACUAUUUUAUACAAGCUAAAACUGGGAGAGAUAGUUACUACUAUUCCUACAAUUGGUAAGUUCUGACAGACUUUUCGAAUCAUUUAAUGUCAUUUUAAAACAUGUACAUGUUUACAUGUAAGUGCCAGUUACUUUAAAAUUAUUAUUAUGUUAACUGAAAGAACACAUUACUGCAAGACCUUCUGCCAAAAAAGUUUGCAUUUGAACAAAAUGAAGGGGUUUUACAUGAAAUUUUUAAAUUUCUUUGGCACCUCCUUCCCGCUGAUCACAAAAUGACAUGCUCAUAAUGAUAAGAAUGUGAACAGGGGUUGCCCCAGGGAGAUGUUGAAGUUUUGAAUCGAUCGGCGCGUUACAUGAAGUCCUUCUGCAUGAAAGUGAUACUUAAAGAAAUAAGAAAACUGAGUGUCCUAGAGGAACACCGAACACCAAUGUGAGACAAAUCUCAUAGUUAUGGUGUGGCAAAGGACCCUAAAUUCAUAGCGGACAAUGAUACACAUGUUCGUAGCAACCUUGUCAUCUCCAUGGAAGCAGAUUGACCUUGGGAAUGAGGUUGAAAUCCAAGAACAGGUACAUGUUAACUUGUUAACCACGGUGUGUGGUUAGUAGAAGGAAAACUUUGCUCCCAAUGAAGGGAAAAGGGGAAAAUAAUUGACAUUGAUGAUUUUGAUAAAGUUGAACAGGGAAAGAAAGCAAAUCUUUAAAUUGAUAUUGUCUUCAACAGGAUUCAAUGUGGAGACAGUAGAAUACAAAAAUAUUUCCUUCACUGUGUGGGAUGUUGGUGGGCAAGACAAAAUCAGGCCUCUAUGGAGACACUACUUUACAAACACACAGGUACAGUGUAUAACGUGCCAAUUUAUGACACUCUGCUGUUUUGUGGUUAAACUCUCACAGGGUAUCUGGCAAUAAUUGUGCUAGAAACAGGUACAGUGUAGGGCAUCAAAACCGUUUGCUGUUAAGAUUCAUUGUAGAUCACUAGUAGUGAUAUCCCAACAAUGGCUUAUUGUACUUAGAAUAAAUUGUUAUCUUUCUGCAGUAAUGGUGUGUUGUUUUUACUUGUCACAUUUUGUCAUUAAAUGUCACAAGGGAUGUUGCUGCUUUAGGUUAAUUCCGUGUUGGAAGUCAUUACUUACAUGUAGUGCCCUUACCCAUGCAUAAAAUGCUCCUGUAUGCUUCUGUGUCCCGCUUCAAAAGUUACUUGUUGGUCAACUUGCAAGCACAUGGCUGGUAUUUCACUUUCCCUAGCACUGUCUAAUUUCAUAUUUUAUUCUUAUUUUUGUUCUACCUUUUCAGGGCUUAAUAUUUGUUGUAGACAGCAAUGACAGAGAAAGAAUAGAGGAAGCUAAAGAUGAACUGAGCAAAAUGGUAAGACCAGCAAUAAUGCUUUCUUUUAAGUUGUCAACUUAAUGUUGAGCUUCUUUUGACCACAGUUUAGAAACCUACUUAUGAUGUUAACAGCUGCAAAAAGUGCUCAAAUCAAUGCACCACACCACGAAUUAAUGAACCUAUAACAUUAUUGGUGACUUCUUUAUCCUUAAUUUAAUUUAUCCUGUGAGGCAAUGCAACCUCAAGGUUGGCUUUUCAUCAGCCUUCCAUACCCUAUAAAUAAUGUCAAUCUGGUACAAUGUAGAUUGUUCAGGUUCCCUAUUUUUCCAUAAGAUAAUUGAGAUCAAGCACUCACUGUCAUGGACAGCCAUUUUUUAACUGUUUUCAUAUGUACCGAGGGGAGAGGUGUCAGGUUUCUAGUGUCCCCUGCCCCCUAAGUAGAUGAGAUUGUCAUCUUCAAGCUUGACCUGGUUGAGGUGGCAACCUGUUGCACUCAUUCUCAACAAUCUUACAGAAAAAAAAAAUAGAGGGGCUGUGAACAGUCCAUCAAGCUGGAGAAAUACACAACAAGUUGUUUAGAUUUUUCUUUGCCUCUCUUUUUUAAAUUACUGUGCUGCUUUUCUUGUUGUUGUGCUUUCAUAAUUCAUUAACUAUUGUGCAGUCAUGGAGAUUUUAAAUUAUUGCCAUUAAAAUCUUUUAUUAACAGCUUCAAGAAGAGGAACUACAGGAGUCACUUUUACUGGUGUUUGCAAACAAAAGCGAUUUGCCAAAUGCCUUCAGCUGCAGUGAAAUAACAGACAAACUGGGACUUCAUUCCUUAAGAAACAGAAAGGUGAGAACUUCUCCUAGUACCACCUUAUCUAUCACAUCAGGGAGAAUUGCCGCCAUCAAUUCAGCUGUAACAGAAAAUGAAUAUUAUUUUAUAAAAUAAGCUCCUCUUCAGACUGAAAUUAGGACAAGUCAAACUAGUGGUUAUGUGAUUAUACCCUUUGGCUCUACUAUUUGCUGUUUGCAAUAAACAUGUGUUUUACAGAAAAUAGCACUUUUGUUUGCAGUUCCAGGCGGUCAGAUAGCCUAAUAUGAGUGCGUGAUCUGGGAAAAGGGGGCAGUGGCGACCAUUUUAUUUUUGUGUUCAUGCUCUCUCAAUUUCACGGAGCAGAUUAUCUCAGAGCCUGGAACAGGCGAGAGUAUUAUUAAAUAUGUUAUUCUACUCUUCCUUGUCAAAAACUUCUCUAAUGCUUAAACAGUCAAGAAUGGUGUGAGGGAAAAGAAGAAAAAUUGAAACUCAUUUGUUUAACUUUUUUUGUUACACCUUUAGUGGUAUGUUCAAGCCUCAUGUGCUACCCAAGGAACUGGCUUGUAUGAAGGACUGGACUGGCUCUCAAAUGAAUUGUCAAAGUGAUCUUUCUACACAGAAACAUAGAGUUUUUAUAUUGUAAACUGCUAAAUGACACCAACUUACUGUAUUUCUGAGAUCGGGGUUAACGAUAUUUAUAGAUUGUCAAGCGAAUGUGCCAUUUAUUUUUCUCCAUCUUCAAGUGGUACAUGUACAUGUAAAUGAACUCGUAUCGUUAACAUCAAGAAAACCUUUCUGGAUUUUUGUUUUAUGCAUGAAGAGAUUCUGUACGUGUAAUUUGUAACACUGUCUUGGUAAAUGAAUAGUGGUUAAUACUUUGCAUUGCCACAAAAUAACAGGCAUAUUUUUGCAGUUGAUAAUUAUUGGACUGUACAAUGAAGUCUGCCUGAGACCGUUGUUGCACAGAAUUAUUUUCAUUUUAUUUGGUAAAUAGUUAAAUAAGAAAAUGUUGCACUUCUCUUCAAUUUUUUUCGUGUAGAAAAAUUGUACCAACAAAGAAUAAAAAAGUUUAGAGUUUUAAAUGAAGAUUCUUCAUAGCAAAACUGUUUUCAGUGUCUUUGUACAAUUGUUGUUCAAUAUUUUUCUUUUGCUCAUCAUUUUUGUUAAUUAUAAAGUAGCGGUAACCUGUAUAUGUGGGUUUAUUCACGAAGUAAGAAAUAAGCAACGUUGACUCAUCAUCAAUGAGAUUUAGGGAAGAAGUACAUUUAGUAAAUAGUGAAUAAUAAAACCACAAAGUAACUUAAUUUUCUUG